AUGGCCGAAUCAACUCGCAUCCCAUCUCCCUCAUCGUCAGGCGGAACUUCCGGUGAAAGAACCAAAAAGAGCUGGUGGCCCUUUGCUUUUCUCGCAUCAGUUCUACCAGUUGUUGUAGGAGUUUUAGUCUACCAACUUGACUCCUUCGACCCUGCUCCUUACCCAGCCCACGAGUUGACUCAGAAGAAACCCCUGAUAGUGCCUAAGAGCAACCCUCGCAUGCUUAAAGGAGCAGGGAUUAUUGGGGUCGGAAAACUGCUAGGGCCUGAAGACAUAGCUUACGAUCCGAAGUCCGGAGUUAUCUAUACUGGUUGUGAGGAUGGAUGGAUAAAGUGA